AUGGCCGCCUCAUUUUAUGCUGACGACGAUGAAAUCACGUGCAUUCUCUGUAUAGAAGUUUUCAGCGACCCGAGGACAGUACCGUGUGGGCACACUUUUUGUCGCGCAUGCCUACAGGACCUCUUCAACGCCAACAAGAAGGCUCACGGCGUUUGUCCCUGUCCCGUAUGCAGAAAGACAGUGCAUAUCCCAGACAGGACGAAACCCGUAUCAUCGUGCGCCGACCAGUUCCCACGCAACGUGGCGCUCGUGCAGGCUAUAGAUACCAUCAACAAGUUAAAACAAUGUAAAACAACAGAAGCUGCCCAACUAAUGCUGAAGAAUGGUAAACUGGAAGAGGCUCUAGCAGCUGCAGAGAAAGGACAGAACAUGGCUUUGAUUGGGGAAUGUCAUUUUAUUAUGUCACGGCUUCACUCUGACAAAACUGACAACAUGGAGGAUGUUGUCCAUCAUCUAAACAAAGCUGUCGAAUCAUUCCAGGCAGCUGGUGACAACAAUGGACUGGGAAAAGCUCUUAUGGUCCUAGCUCGCAUUAAGAUUGACAAGACUUUGGCCAAACGAGCAUUCAAGCUCUUUCAAGACGAAACACCAUAUUCAAAUGAUGCUGGAAUGCUGGACGCCCUUUAG